AUGGCAUCUAUACUUACAACUGCAAGACUCGUAUGCAAAGACGCACAAGCCCGGCAAAAGGCCAUCGAAUACUUUCAGAAGAUCAUCGACUACACAACGCCGAACGAGCCCGAGGUGUUGCAAUACGUGUGCGCCCUGCCAUACGAUGAUCAGGCAGAAAAGGAGAUUUACAUGAUCGAAGAAUACGCGAACCAAGCGGCAAGUGAUGCACAUAUGACUACCAAACCCGUACAAGACCUCAUUCAACUAUUCUCCGCCGGAGAGGUUCUCGCUCAACCCCCUGAAGUACAUCCUUGUCCUAUUGUAAAUAAAACGAUGCUGGGUUCAACAUUAUCCAUUUCUUCAACCCCUGUUAUUGCUCUGCUGAACGUCCCUUCGAAGCCCAAUCAGUCUGUAGCGCCAAAGAGAGACUGGGAGGGAGUCUUUGAGAAGGCCGUAGUUGAUGUAAAGGGGCUUGGUGCAAUGCUGGUAUCGGAAGAUAAAGAGGCGAAGUGUAUGCGCAUGGAGGGUGUACUGCAAGAUGACGACGCAUAUAGAGAAUUCCAAAGGGUGGUCGCGGGAAACAAGACGGGUACGGUUGAAAUGGUCCGAAUCAAGCUAGUUUGUGGUUUUGUUAGUCGUGAGGCGAAGAGCAAGUUGUAG